GGGAAGCACAGGAAGUGCUCCCUGUUAAUUACCCUAAACAAGGAUGCUUUGAGGUUUCCAUUUCCUUCCAAAUCAUAAAGACUUUGCGUCCCAGAAAAACAUCACUCAAAACAGAAAGAGCUUCUUCUGGUUCCCACCCCUACUCCUCCCCUCUUACAUAUCUCAAACAAGCUAAAAGAGAUAAUGGGGAGAGGAAAGAUUGUCAUAAAAAGGAUUGACAAUUCUACGAGCAGGCAAGUGACUUUCUCCAAGCGAAGAAAUGGGUUGCUCAAGAAGGCCCGGGAGCUUUCCAUCCUUUGCGAUGCAGAGAUUGGACUUAUUGUCUUCUCCAGCACCGGCAGGAUCUACGAUUUUGCGAGCUCUAGCAUGAAAUCUGUUAUUGAACGAUACAACAACCUAAAAGAAGAACACCAUCGGCUGCUGGAUCCUACUUCAGAAGUCAAGUUUUGGCAAAGGGAGGCAGCAAGCUUGAGGCAACAACUGCAGUACUUGCAAGAAUGCAAUAGACAACUAAUGGGCCAAGAUCUUUCUGGUUUGAGUAUCAAAGAUCUACAAAAUUUUGAAAACACACUCGAAAUGAGUUUGAAGGCUAUCCGUAUGAGAAAGGAACAGAUUUUCAUUGAAGAUAUAAAAGAACUAAACCAGAAGGGAAACCUUGUACAUCAAGAAAACCUUGAACUGCAUAAGAAGAUAGACCACUUUUGUAAAGAAAAGGGAGGAUUGCAAAAGAAGGUUUACGAAGAAAGAGAAGUAAAUGAAAGAAGAUCAAGUUCCCAUCCUCUACGCACUAUUAGUAAUGGAUAUGACAUUCAUCCAGCCAUCCAUCUCCAACUAGGCCAACCUCAUCCUUAAAACAAUGGAGCACAACCUCUACAACAGACUACAAUUUCCACAAUGAAGCUGGUUGACAACUAGGGAUUGAUAUCCAUCAUUAUCUUAUCAACAACUUGCCCCAAUGGAAAAUUAAGCUUCUACAAAUGAGAUCUCAUAUUUCAGCUACUGGUAAAAUACAUUCAGUAGAAUGACAUUCGGAUUUGGUAUGAAAUGUUCUAUGAAGAAGAAAACUUGAAAAUUUCUCUAAGA